AUGGAUUCAUUCGUAGAUGUGUUUUUGGCCGUCGAUGCUAAUCAAAACGGGACAAUCACACUACGUGAGUUGUCUCAAUAUGUGGAAAAACAUCGCUUGGAUCCGAUUAUGAUCUCACAAUGGAUGAAUUUGUUCGAUCCGAACAAUACCGGCCGCAUCACGUUGGGCAAGUUUUGUGAAGUGCUCGGACUGCAACCGGCUGAAGUGAAAGAGAAAUGGGGCCGCAGUCCACAAUUGGGUUCUGAUAUUCACGUGAUCUUGGACCAAAUGCCCAUGAACAAUCAGCUGAAGCUUGUGCAAGAGGCACGUCGCUUGGCUAAAAUGACCACCUCCGAUGACCGGACGUAUCUGACACAACAGCUGAAGCGUUUUGCAGACGAGAAUCUGGGCGGUUCUUGGCAAGUUAUGAUAGUAAAAGGUGCUUACUGGAUCACAUUCACUCAUCUGCCGGAUAACUCAUUCCACUUCCACAUGGACGAUUAUUCCUAUUUGUUCUGGAGAUCCGCUGAACAAUUAGAAUGA